CUUGAGUCACCUGGGGAAAAGAGACAGUGGCGAGAAGCGAGGCGGGCAGUGGGUUCGGUGCCUGAGGAGAGAGCCACGCUGCCACGCUGGGGAGCGCUCCGAGGGCCCCAUGGAAACGGAGGGUCGCUCCUCGUGGGCCAUGGGGCUGCUGAAAACCUUCGACUCCAGCGAGUUCGUGAGCUGGCAGAAGAUCGGCUCCGGGGGCUUCGGGCAGGUUUACAAAGCCCGCCACGUCCACUGGAAAACAUGCCUCGCCAUCAAGUGUUCGCCCAGCCUGCAUGUGGAUGAGAAGGAGCGUACGGAACUAUUGGAGGAAGCAAAGAAAAUGGAAAUGGCAAAGUUUCGUUACAUUCUUCCAGUUUAUGGCAUUUGUAAAGAGCCUGUAGGGUUGGUCAUGGAAUACAUGGAAACAGGAUCUUUGGAGAAGCUCUUGGCCUCUGAACCACUACCCUGGGAACUACGUUUUCGAAUCAUCCAUGAAACAGCUGUGGGCAUGAACUUCCUUCAUUGCAUGUCCCCACCUUUACUUCAUCUGGAUCUUAAGCCAGCCAACAUCCUGCUUGAUGCUCACUAUCAUGUUAAGAUUUCAGACUUUGGAUUGGCCAAGUGCAAUGGGCUUUCUCAUUCUCAUGAUCUCAGUAUGGAUGGACUUUGUGGCACUAUUGCAUAUCUGCCACCAGAACGAAUUAAAGAGAAGAAUAGAUACUUUGAUACAAAGCAUGAUAUAUAUAGCUUUUCCAUUGUUAUCUGGGGAGUUCUGACACAGAAGAAGCCUUUUUCAGAAGAAAAUAACAUUCUGCACAUUAUGGUAAAAGUGGUUAAUGGUCAUCGCCCAGAACUGCCACCUGUUUCCAAAUCCAGACCUCGUGCCUAUAAUAACUUGAUCAAACUGAUGCAAAAGUGCUGGCAAGAUGACCCUAGCAAGAGGCCAACGUUUAAAGAAAUUACUUCUGAAACAGAAGAGCUCUGUGAAAAACCAGAAUAUGAGAAUAAGGACAUGUCAGUUGAGGAGGAUGCAAAGGUUUCACAGACCUAUCCUAAGGAGAUGUCCAGUAUUUCCCAGCUGAAACAAGAACCUGAUCCUGCGUCAGUUAAGGAUUACAGCCUCUCUGAAUUAUUGUCCCAGCUGGACUCAGGAAUUUCACACACAGAACAGCCCGAGGAACUCAGUCGCAGUGCCUCUGAAUCUAGGCUUGCCACCAGUGACAAGAGACUGUCCGGAGUGUCCUCUGUAGACUCCGCCUUUUCUUCACGAGGUUCCCUGUCACUGUCGUUUGAGAGGGAGAAUUCUGGAAGUGACAUUGGUACCACAGAUAUCCAGAAAAGAAAACUGACUGAGGCAAUCACAUCUGGAGACACUGGUAAACUGAUGAAAAUUCUUCAGCCUCAAGAUGUAGACCUCAUUUUGGAUGGGAACGGUGGCCUUCUCCAUUUGGCUAUUGAAUCAGGCCAAGAAGAAUGUGUUAAGUGGCUACUACUGAACAAUGCCAAUCCCAAUCUGACCAAUAGGAAAAACUCUACACCCCUCCAUAUUGCGGUAGAGAAGAAGAACAAAAGCAUUGUUGAGCUGCUUCUUACAAGGAAAAUUAAUGUGAAUGCCAAAGAUGAGGACCAGUGGACAGCUCUUCAUUUUGCCAGCCAAAACGGGGAUGAACUGAUCACAAGAAUGUUGCUUGAAAAGAAUGCCUUGCUGAAUGAAGUGGAUUUUGAAGGAAGAGCACCAAUCCACGUUGCUUGCCAGCAUGGUCAAGAGACUAUAGUGCGCAUCUUUCUGAGGAAAGGGGUUUAUGUUGAUGUCAGAGGAAAAGAUCAUUGGGUGCCUUUACAUUACGCUGCAUGGCAAGGCCACUUACCCAUUGUGAAGCUUCUGGCCAAGCAGCCUGGAGUCCAUGUGAAUGCACAGACUGUAGAUGGAAGGACCCCUCUUCAUUUGGCAGCCCAGAGAGGACAUUACAGAGUUGCUCGAAUACUAGUAGAACUCCAGUCAGAUAUCAAUAUAAGAAAUGUGUUUUUUCACACUGCCCUUCAUAUAGCUGCUGAAACUGGCCACACUAGCACUUCCAGGCUGCUUCUUAACCGUGGAGCAGAUAUAGAAGCAACAACAGCAGAAGGCUAUACUGCCCUUCACCUAGCAGCCCGUAAUGGCCAUUUAUCCACAACCAAGCUGUUGAUCGAAGAAGGUGCCAAUAUCCUGGCAAGGGGUCCUUUAAACAGGACAGCACUGCAUCUUGCUGCUGAAAAUGGACAUGAUGAGGUGGUAGAGGUCCUUGUCAACCUAGAAAAUAUAAAUGAUUCAGAUGAGGAAGGGUUGGUGGCUCUGCAUCUUGCUGCAAAAGGUGGACACACACAAACAGCUGAAGUUCUGUUAAACCAUGGUGCCUGUAUCAAUAUGCAGAACUUUGCAUUUCAGACCCCACUGCAGUUGGCUAAACAAAAUGGGAGCAACACUAUUAUCACGCUGCUCAGCCAGAGAUAGGUGUUUGCUUUCUAAUACAUAUGGGACAGGCUAAUGAUGACCAUAGCAUGAGUAUCUGCUUAAACUUCACAUAUAGGUCUAACUUCCAUCUUUGCAGAAGCUACUUCUUGAUGUGGCAAUUCAGUCUAAUAAACUGAGCAGACAAGGGAGUAAGAGUCAUAAGUUCUGGGUUCGAUUUCAUACUUCCGUGUAAAGGAGCGCUGAGUAACCCCUUAGUGAAGACAUGAUGUUCUUUCCCCAUACUUCAACAUCAUGGGUGUUGGCUCACUGGAAUGAUGAUAUGAAGAGAUUUAAAAAAAGAGAGAGGGUUAUCCCUUAUUCUUUUCAGUGUAAAGUCAGUUUCUAAUAUUUCAAUCAUUCUUUACAUUCAAUGGGUGAGGUAUCUUUAAAUGUCACUCUGGAAUGUUUUUUUUUUUAAAUUGAUUUUUCCUUGACUAUUUACAAUCCAUACAAGUGUCUGCAUUCCUGAAAAAGUACUGCAGGGAUAAUUGUCCUAAAGCCACAUAGAAAUUAAAAUCCCAGUUUUAUUAUUCAAAAAAAGUAAGAAGUGCCUAUUUCAAAACUACACAUUUCUAGUUCUCUGAUGGUCAGUUUUUCCAUGAUCAUUACUGUUAGCUAAUGCUUACGAUAACAACUAUGAGCAUCCCUGUGUUAAUUAGAAAAUCAUUUCUAAUAUGCAGUACCAGCUUCUGUAUAUAUACAAUGUAUAUGCAUAAUAUUUCAACCUUCAACAUGUGAUUAAAUGGAAGAAAGCACAAGUACAAUAACAUUUGUACAAGUGUGCAUAAGCACAUGAAAAUUUUAUUUCAUUAAAUGUAAGAAUAGGUUGUAUCUAUAUGUUUCUUUUUAAGUGUUGUAAAUUACAGAACCACAGGUAUAGCAAUGUCUCCAAAACAGAUUUAUCAUGUAUAAUAGACUAAUAUAAAAAUAUACUGUGUAUAUAAUUCAGGACAUUGCAUGCUCUUUUUUCUACAGAAGAAAAUGGAGGUUUUUUAGGUCUGGGUAUGUUUUAAUACACCUUUUGUAAUGUUCAUUAUUUUCAGAAGUUCACAUGUGAUCUGUUUUACCAAUAAAAUAAGUUGAAAAAUGGC